AUGGCCAGCCAGUCGGCUUUUCAGUUCGGAGUUCAACAUGCUAUUCAGGUACUGUGUCAUAAAGUAUAAGUUAAAAUGACAGGAACUUUGCUCCCAAAAAUGGCAAAAACUUUCUUUACAAAACAUAAAAUGGCGAGAAAUUUAUUUACAGGUCAAGAAAUGACAAGAACUUUUUGUAAAUAACUAAAAACUGCAAGAACUUUGUUUACAAAAAAAAAAUGGCAAAAACGGUUAAUUUUAAAACUUUUUUCAAGUUAGUUCAAACGUUUUUUGGCAAUUAAUAAAGAACCUGCACCGUGCAACGAAUUCUUUUAUUGACUGCACAGUGCAGCCAAUUAAGUUACGCUUGCACGGUGCAAAUUUUGUUUUGUGCCAUUUACUUGUCUUGUAAAGAAAGUUCUUGUCAUUUUUUAGCUUGUGAAGAAAGUCAUUUUCACAUAAAGCAACGAAAUUUGGUAUUGAGCAGCCUGCGCGUGACAAGUUAUACGAAAGAAUUUUUUUUAUUUCUUGUUUUGUAAAAAAGCUCUUGUCAUUUUAUGUUUUUUAAAGAAAGUUUUCGCCAUUUUUAGUUCUGUAAAGAAAGUUCUUGUCAUUUUUAAAAAAGAUACCAAUUUUUCAGAAUCGCUGUGACAUAAUGUUCAACAAACUUGCAAAUUCCAACUUUUGUUCGAUAUUAAACGACAAUUUGGAAAAAGUAUUGUCCACAAUUCAAAAUGAUAAAGGAAUUCAAACUGACGAUGUUUGUGACGUUCUCGAAGUGUGCACUUCUUCAUAA